AUGGAAACACAAACUGCAGAUACACGUAAAAUGGCUGAUCAAACAUUAUUAGCAAAAGCUCGCAAAGCACGAUUCGAUGAUCUACCAAAUUUUUCUGGACAUCCUUCUGAGGAUGUCGAACGGUUCUUAAAAAGCAUUAAAAAUAUAACAAAAGCAACGGAUGAAUCAGACAAUCAUGAAAUUUUAGAAAUUGUCCGUGGUAAAUUAAUACAAUCUGCAGGAAUAUGGUUCGACAAUAAUGAAGCUAAUUUUAAAAAAUGGUCAGAUUUCGAAACUGCAUUUCGAAAUCGAUAUUUUUCUUCAACAUCAACUCACAGGAAAUUUGAUACGUUAAAACAACGCAAACAAUUACCAGAUGAACCGAUUACAUCUUAUCUCGAUGAUAUUAUUAAUUUAUGUCGGGAAAUUGAUUCAAACAUGUCAGAAAAAAUUAUAAUUCAAUAUUUGAUGAGUGGAAUUAAUCCUGAUUUCAAGAAGGAAUUAUCAAGACGUGAAUCAUCUAUCAAUACGUUAAAUGAAUUUUUAAAAUAUGCAAAAAUUGAACAAGAUUUACAUGAUACAUUUGGUCAAUUAUCAUCUAAUUCACAACAAUGUCAUUUUAAUUAUAACCAUCCAUCGAUUCCAUCAUUAACUGCCACACUUAAUCCACCAAAACAAUAUUAUAAUAAAAUGAACAAUAAUAAUUCUGUUUCACAUUCAGUACAAUCACAGAGCUCCGUGUCUCGACGGAACUCGGUUCCAACAUUAGAAAAUCGAACAUCAACAACACCUAAUACAAAACAAAUUUGGAAUUUUUCAUCACCAUCAAAAUUGAAUCAAAAAACCAAUACUCGAUUAACAUCACACCAUCAGUUCAACAACUGUAAAGUUUGUGGUCGAACAAAUCAUCGGACCAUCGAUUGUUUCUAUAAACGUACAACCGGAUGUUUUAAUUGUGCUGGGUCACAUGAUGGCGGUGUUCCCAGUAAAUUUAUAAAGCCAUCAACAAUAACAUCAUUUCCCGUUUACAUUAAAAUUCAUGUUAACAAUCAACCAACGGAAGCAAUUGUUGAUACAGGAUCCGCCAUCUCCAUUAUUCAUUCAAAUUUUCUCAAAACUAUUCAUCACCAAAAUUUUUUAUACCAAACUCGUUUAUGUCAAACUGCUAAUUCAACACCCCUUAAUAUUAUUGGUCAAAUACAAUUAGAAAUACAAAUUAAAUCUAUCAAAACUUAUGUUACUGCUCAUGUUGCUACAAAUUUAAUUACAUCAAUUCUUUUAGGUAACGAUUGGAUAAAUUCGAAUCAUGUUCACCUUUAUGGUGACCAGAAAAAAUUAACUAUUCCUGAUCAAUAUGGUCAAUUAAUUUCAAUUCCAUACGUGGAACCCACAUCUAUUAAUUAUCCGGCAUUAUUAGUCCAACAAAUUACUCUUCCACCAUAUUCACAACAAUUAGUUGAUAUUACAUGUCAAGUUACUAAUGCUAAUAAUCUUAUAUUUGAACCAUAUGAACAAACACAAAAAUUAUUAGAACGUGGUCAAAUUGAAGAAUCAACUUCACCAUGGUCAUCACCGAUCGUUCUUGUUAAGAAAAAAGACAAAACUAUGCGAUUCUGUAUCGAUUACCGCCGAUUAAAUGCUAUUACAAUUAAAGAUGCAUUUCCACUUCCUCGAAUCGAUGAAAUUUUUGAUCAAUUAUCCGACGCAACGUAUUACACAAAAUUCGAUUUUAAAUCUGGUUAUUUCCAGGUACCUCUAUCUAAAGAGGACCGACCUAAAACUGCAUUCUCAACUCGUGAUAAUCAUUAUCAAUUUACAGUUCUUCCUCAAGGAAUAACAAAUGGUCCAGCAACAUUUCAACGUGUUAUUAAUCAUAUAUUAGGUCCUACACGAUGGAAACAUGCAUUAGCAUAUAUUGAUGAUGUAAUUAUAUAUUCAAAAACAUUCGAAGAACAUUUAUCACAUCUCAAUGAAAUUUGUCAAAUAUUAAAAAAUGCUCGAUUUCGUCUUAAUCCAGAAAAAUGCGAAAUAGCUCGAACUCAAACCGAUUAUCUUGGACAUCGUAUACAAAAUGGUGAAAUUCGUCCAAGUCCUACCAAUAUACAUGGUUUACUAAAUACAAGAUUACCACAAACGGCAGAUGAAGCUUGUAAAUUUGUUAAAGCAGCGGAAUAUUACAGAAAAUUUAUACCUAAUUUUUCUCAAAUCGCCGAACCACUUCGAAAAUUUGUUCCAACUACAAAAACUCAACGAAAGAAAGGACAAAAAACCAUUAUUACAUUAACAAAUGAAGAAAUUAAAGCCUUCGAACAACUCAAAAAUUUUCUUACAACUGAUCUGGUUUUACGACUUCCAAAUAAUAGAUUCCCUUUCAAAGUUCAAACUGAUGCAUCUGAUGAGGGAAUCGGUGCGGUACUAUUACAAAUUUAUCCAGAUGGUGAACGACCGAUUGCAUAUCUUUCAAAAACAUUUACUCAAGCACAACGCAAAUGGUCUCCUAUGGAACAAGAAUGUUAUGCAUUUAUAUGUUCAUUAGAUAAAUGGCAUAAUUAUUUAAGUGGAAUUACAUUUAUUUGGGAAACUGAUCACAAAGCAUUAACACAAUUAAAUAAAAAAGCUCAAAUUAAUAAACGAUGUGAAAGAUGGAGAUUAAAAAUCUUAGAAUAUGAUUUCAACGUGAAAUACAUUCCUGGUUCAAUUAAUUUAAUGCCUGAUUAUUUAUCAAGAUCCCCGGUUGACGAUGCUGAAGAAGAUCCUGAUGAAACUAUACAUCUUAUUUCAAAAUCAACACAAACCGAUAUUUUAAAUGUUAAUAAUCAUUCAUCUAUUGUCGCAGCUGUUGAAACUUGUGCUAUGAAAUUACGAAACAAAACUUUAGAUGACAUUUCAAAUACAAAAUUAUCAUCAGAUUCUCUGAAUACUUCUAUUGAAGAGAAUCGCAUAACUCCAUUUUCUAUCGAAGAACUAAUUCAAGCUCAACAAAAUGAUGAUUACUCGAAAAAUAUUCUAAACAACAUCAAGAAAUAUAAAAAUUAUAUGAUUAAAGAUAAUCUAUUAAUGCGUCGACUAAAUCCUCCAGUUCCUUACGUACCACAAGGGGAUUUCCGAAAAACAAUUUUACAAAUUUAUCAUGAUACUGCAGCAAAUGGUGCUCAUUUCGGAAGAGAUAAAACAAUACAUAAAAUUAAACAACGUUAUUUUUGGCCAUCAAUGUACAAAGAUAUCAAUAAUUAUGUUAAAUCAUGUAUUAUUUGUGCUCAAUAUAAUCCUCGUCGACAAAAAACUCCUGGUAAAUUACAACCAAUUAAACCUCCAGAAGGGGUAUGGCAAUUAGUGUCAAUGGAUUUUCACGGUCCUAUUAAUCCAACAUCUCGUCGUGGAAACAAAUAUAUUAUAUGUCUUACGGAUAUUUUAUCAAAAUUUGUAAUAACAAAAGCAGUACGUGAUAAUACUGCACAAACAGCUGUUAAAUUUCUUAAAGAAGAUGUUAUUUCAAAAUUUGGUACACCUCGAUGUAUUUUAACCGACAAUGGAACUCAUUUUACUUCAACAUUGAUGAAUGAAUUAAUUAAACAAAUCGGAUCAACACAUUUAUAUUCAACACCAUAUCAUCCUCAAUCAAAUGGUCAAGUUGAAAGAUACAAUUCAACAAUGGAUGCAAAAAUUGCAGCUUUAUCCAAUAUACAAAAAACAGAUUGGGAUGAUCAAUUACCAUUUGUAACAUUUAAUUACAAUACAUCGAUACAUUCUUCAACCAAACAAAUCCCAUUUGAAAUGAUGUAUGGUCGAACACCAAUAUUACCAUUUGAUUAUCAAGAAGAUAACGUUACAAUUCAAUAUGAUGAUGAACACGUGAACAAACUUAAUCAAUUUUUAACAAAAUUAAAUGAACAAGCAAGAAUUAACAUUAUUAAAAAUCAAGAACGAUAUAAACAACGUUAUGAUACCAAUCGUUCUGAUCCAUCAUACAAUGUUGGUGAUCUCGUUCUUGUUAAAACACUCAACAUGCAUUCAAAAUUCAAUGUCCGUUAUGAAGGACCAUUCAGAAUUAUAAAAACCCUUACACCAAAAACAUUUAUCGUACAACACAUCAAGAAACCAACAUUACAUCGUCAAGUUACAACUGAUGUGUUACUUCCCAUCUUUGAACGUAUUCAUUAA